AUGCGUAAUGCAGAGAAACGAGUGACGGAGAGACGAGUGACGGAGAGACGAGUGACGGAGAGACGAGUGACGGAGAGGAAGCGUGCCAGGGUUAUUGGCAUGGCAUUAGAUACAUGUAUCUCUUUACUAAGUACGGCUAGCACGACACCAGCUGUCAGUCAAGCUCUACGCCAGCUGUCAGUCAAGCUCUACGCCAGCUGUCAAUCAAGCACGACGCCAGCUGUCAGUCAAGCUCUACGCCAGCUGUCAGUCAAGCACGACGCCAGCUGUCAGUCAAGCACGACGCCAGCUGUCAAGCACGACGCCAGCUGUCAGUCAAGCUCUACGCCAGCUGUCAGUCAAGCUCUACGCCAGCUGUCAGUCAAGCACGACGCCAGCUGUCAGUCAAGUUCUACGCCAGCUGUCAGUCAAGCACGACGCCAGCUGUCAGUCAAGCACGACGCCAGCUGUCAAGCACGACACCAGCUGUCAGUCAAGCUCUACGCCAGCUGUCAGUCAAGCACGACGCCAGCUGUCAAGCACGACACCAGCUGUCAAUCAAGCAUGACGCCAGCUGUCAGUCAAGCUCUACGCCAGCUGUCAGUCAAGCACGACGCCAGCUGUCAAGCACGACACCAGCUGUCAAUCAAGCAUGACGCCAGCUGUCAGUCAAGCUCUACGCCAGCUGUCAGUCAAGCACGACGCCAGCCUUCUGUUCUUCAGUCGAGCUGA